CAAGCAUCAAAUUAAUUCAAUGGCUGUUUGACAGUUCAAAAUUCCUCCACCUUCAGCCAUUCUGAAUAUAAAAUUGAAGAUUGUACUUCAACUGUUUUGAUUAAAUUUAGCAAAAUGGCAAGUGCAGUCGGCAAGGUACCUUCUCUAAUUGGUUCGGCAAUCGCACAGGCCCGUCCUAAAUUCAACAUCUUCAUGAAAUAUGCGCGAGUGGAACUGGCUCCCCCAAAACUAAGUGAAAUCCCACAAAUCAAAGCGGGCAUUGGCAAACUGUUGACAAGUGCUAAGACUGGUGCGUGGAAGGACCAGACUAUCAAACAGGCUACCCUAAACGCUCUUGUAGGAGCAGAAGUCAUCUUCUGGUUUUAUGUAGGAGAGUGCAUCGGCAAACGUCAUAUUGUGGGUUAUGAUGUUUAGGUUCUGAUUGUAAGCACUAAUUUCGUAGAUAUUAUGUUCAGCAAAAUAUAUUAUUAAAAUCA